AUGGUGCAAACUCCCAUUAACCUACUAGACUCUGAAGCCAAAGUGGUUGAUUUAAUUAAUGUGGAAAAUAGAGCAUGGCAGACCAAUAUGUUAGAUGCUGUGUUUAAUAAAGAAGAUUCUGAACUGAUUGCUAGUCUACCUAUUAGUAUUAGAGGAGACAAUGAUAAGCUCAUAUGGGUGAAUUCGUGUAAUGGGAGGUUUUCUGUUAAGUCUGCCUAUUUCUUGGAUACUGAUCUGAGAAGGCACCCUUUUGGUAUACUAGCUAGAAAACAGAUUGUGAAUGAUGGGUCUUGUCCUGUUUGCACUAAAGAGGUGGAGACUAUUUUGCAUGUCCUUUGGUCUUGUCCUGCCGCAACAGAUGUUUGGGGUGAAGCAAUCAGUCCUGUGAAGAAAUGGCACAUAGCCUAUGAGGACUUUUCUGUCCUAUGGAGGGAUUUGUCCACAAGGUUAGAGGCUGAGCAGUUGGACCAGAUAGCUGUAGUGUUGUAUCAGUUAUGGAAAAGAAGGAAUAGGUGGGUCUUUGAUAACAAAUUCCAAAGUCCAUCUAUUAUUUACAAACAUGCUACAGAUGAGCUUGAAAUAUUCAAACAGGUAGGAUUGUUGCAGAAACAGCAAGUUGCUGAUACAGGAAUGCAGAAUCAAGAGAGGGUCCGAGUAUUAUGGGAACCAGCUGGGGCAAACUGCUAUAAUUUCAACUUUGAUGUAGCAUUUGAUAAAAAUAACAACACUAUAGGAAUUGGAGGAGUGUUGAGAGAUUCUAGGAGAGAAGCAGAGAUUAUGCUUUCUGCUCCAAGGGCACAUGUUCCUUCUGUUUUUCAUGCAGAGUGUUAUGCUCUUAUUCGGGUCAUGGAAUUAUGCCAUGAUCUAAGGAUAUCAAAUGUUAUUUUUGAGGGUGAUGCUAAGCAGGUAAUUGAUAGUAUCAAUGGACAACAUGUAGACUGCUCGUGGCAGAGACAGUUGAUUGAAGACAUUCAGUUUCUACUAGCUAGGCAGACUACCUGGAGGGUGAGGUUUGUAAAGAGAGAGGCAAAUCAUGCUGCUCAUGCUACUGCACAAUAUGGCAAGUUUCUAAUCUCUGAAGCAGUCUGGAUGGAAGAGGGGCCAAGUGAGAUUAUGUCUUUUGUUUUGAGUGACAAAGAAUGUAUUCCCUUUUGA